CAGGUCAAAUGUGAAGAGUUCAGGCCAGUCAAGGUGCUCUUGAAUGCCAGUGUCAGUGCUCGACGUCAUCUGAUCUCGAAGAUCUCCCGCUCAUUCGGGGUUUGAGGACGCACGUAGACGAUGGGAGGAGGGGAAACUGACUUGAAGGUUCCUCUGUCACUAAGGCAGGUUAUCUACCUCCUCGAUCGCUACGGUCUCUCCUCCCUUGACGACCCCACGAAAAGGCCCAAGACAACCGCUGGGACCCUCGUCACCCUCGUCACGGCAUUCGUCUCCCUCACCCUCCUUGCACUGACCAUCUCGACCUGGGCGACUCUGCAGUCAUCUAUCAGGCUAGGGGGACAUGCUCAGCUCAACGGGUUGUACAUGAACAGGAAGGUUGGCAACAGCACAGGGCAGCUGUCAGUGCAGACAUGGCAGCAGUUCUACAACCCGUCGUUGGUGCUGACGUUUGACGAGAAGAUAAUUUCCUUCCAGAGAACGACUGACAAGCGCGCAAUCUUCAAAGUUGACAUCACUGACCUCAACGGUUAUCACAAGACUUUCACUUCCGACUUGUCAAGCACGCCCGUUGGCUUCGCCAUCUCUACCAACCAUGAGGUCCCGCUCAACAGUUUUGACCAGAGGGUGCAGAAGACUGUAGCGAACGAUCGCCCCGACGUGCAGUUGAACUUGCAGGCUACCAGACUCUACUCACAGGUUGUCAACUCAGUGGAGACUUUGCAGAUCGUUCGGUUGUUGCAGUCAGGCAGUCUGCUGCAGACAACAGCAUUCCAGGAUCACUCAGUGAUGCUUCU